GCGCGGUGCUGCCGGGGGAACAUGGCGCCCGCGGCCGCGCGGGGCAGCGCGGAAGCCCCCCGGCGCCUCCCUCCGCCGCCCCCGGCUGUAUGGUACACGGAGCCAGGGCCCCUCUCCGCCGCUCCAGCGGGAGGAGCCGCGUCCUCAGCGCCGCCGCCGCCGAGAGGUGAUUCAUGGCAGGGGACGUGGAAGGGUUUAGCUCCUCCAUCCAUGACACCAGUGUCUCUGCAGGAUUCAGAGCACUGUAUGAGGAGGGAUUGCUUCUUGAUGUCACACUUGUCAUUGAAGACCACCAAUUUCAGGCCCAUAAAGCACUGCUUGCCACCCAGAGUGAUUACUUCAGGAUUAUGUUCACAGCAGACAUGCGAGAACGAGAUCAGGACAAAAUCCAUUUGAAAGGUCUGACAGCUACAGGCUUCAGUCAUGUCCUCCAAUUCAUGUACUAUGGAACUAUUGAACUGAGUAUGAACACUGUUCAUGAAAUCCUUCAGGCUGCCAUGUAUGUCCAGCUUAUAGAGGUGGUAAAGUUUUGCUGCUCUUUUCUCUUAGCUAAAAUCUGCUUAGAAAACUGUGCAGAAAUUAUGAGACUUCUGGAUGAUUUUGGUGUAAACAUCGAAGGAGUCAGGGAAAAAUUGGAUUCCUUUCUGCUAGAGAAUUUUGUGCCACUCAUGUCCAGACCUGACUUUCUUUCAUAUCUGAGCUUUGAGAAGCUCAUGUCUUACUUGGAUAAUGAUCAUCUGAGCAGGUUUCCAGAGAUAGAGCUGUAUGAAGCUGUUCAGGCCUGGCUACGCCAUGAUAGAAGACGCUGGAGACAUACGGACACCAUCAUUCAGAACAUCAGGUUUUGUUUGAUGACACCAUCCAGUGUUUUUGAGAAGGUAAAAACAUCAGAGUUUUAUCGAUACUCCCGGCAGCUGCGACAUGAGGUUGACCAAGCCAUGAAUUACUUUCAUAGCGUUCACCAACAGCCUUUGAUGGAAAUGAAAUCGAACAAAAUUCGUUCAGCCAAACCCCAGACUGCAGUAUUUAGAGGAAUGAUAGGACACAGUAUGGUAAACAGUAAAAUUCUUCUCUUGCACAAACCAAGGGUCUGGUGGGAGCUAGAGGGUCCUCAAGUACCUUUACGACCAGACUGCCUUGCCAUUGUAAAUAACUUCGUGUUCUUAUUAGGUGGGGAAGAACUGGGGCCAGAUGGUGAGUUCCAUGCUUCGUCCAAAGUGUUUAGAUACGACCCAAGACAGAACACUUGGUUACGAAUGGCAGACAUGUCUGUGCCACGUUCUGAGUUUGCUGUUGGAGUGAUUGGCAGGUAUGUUUACGCAGUGGCUGGGAGAACCCGUGAUGAAACGUUUUACUCCACUGAACGGUAUGAUAUUACUGAAGAUAAAUGGGAAUUUGUGGAUCCCUAUCCAGUAAAUAAGUACGGACAUGAAGGGACUGUGCUUGGUAACAAGUUGUAUAUCACUGGCGGAAUUACAUCAUCUUCAACUUCUAAGCAAGUGUGUGUGUUUGAUCCCAGUAAAGAAGGGACAGUAGAGCAGCGAACACGGAGAACUCAAGUGGUCACUAACUGUUGGGAGAACAAAUGCAAAAUGAAUUAUGCGAGGUGCUUUCACAAAAUGAUUUCUUAUAAUGGUAAGCUUUAUGUCUUUGGUGGUGUUUGUGUGAUCCUGAGAGCUUCCUUUGAAUCUCAAGGAUGUCCAUCUACAGAGGUUUAUGACCCUGAUACUGACCAAUGGACUAUAUUGGCUUCUAUGCCAAUAGGUAGGAGUGGUCAUGGUGUAGCUGUUUUGGACAAACAGAUAAUGGUUCUUGGAGGCCUUUGUUACAAUGGUCAUUACAGUGAUUCCAUUCUCACUUUUGAUCCAGAGGAGAACAAAUGGAAAGAAGAUGAAUAUCCAAGGAUGCCGUGCAAGCUGGAUGGCUUGCAGGUCUGCAGCCUGCACUUCCCUGAGUAUGUCUUGGAGCAUGUUAGACGUUGCAGCUAAAAUGGAAUGAAAAACCCAAUCAAAUACAAAAGAACUAUAGUAAUUUGAAAAAAAAUACAAACAGUUGAAUUCCUGCAGAGUCAUUUCCUUGUGUAUAAGAACAAUGGCUCAAUGCUCAAGAGAAACAGGAUGUACAGGGAGUGUACCAAGUUUAUUAGAAAAGGUGAUAGUUGGUCUGACCUUGUGAAAGCUUUGGGUUUUUUUUAACAAAUAUAAUUUUAAGUAUGAGAAAAAAAUAUAUUUUUGAGUCUGCUUUUUUUUGGUAACAUUUUAUGUUCACAAUAUGUUCUCUUUUUUUUUUAAUGGCCAUUAUAUCACUAUGCUUUUGAAAUAAGGUGAAUUUGACAAAAUAUUUGUGAAAGGAAGGGAAGAAAGAUGUUCUUUUAAUUUUUUAUUGAACAUCACAAUAACCGUACUAGGGUACAACCAGGUAUAAAGUGAAAAACCAAACUAUUUCUGUACCUUAUGUUGUCUUUUAGAUGCUUUUUCCAUUAACUGCAAAGUAUUCUCAAAUCUACUAGGUGUUUUUGUUUUCCCUUAUUUACUUUGGAGAAGAAUUUUAACCCUUUUGCAUGACCCUUUUCCUGGUUUUGUAUAGUUGUACCAGUAAGUCUGCCAAAAUGCAAAUUACACAUUUUCUACUAAAUUGAAAACAAAGCAUUUUUAUAUUCAAAACACUAUUUCUAUGCUGCCUUCUAUUGUCUGUGUUGUGUUUGUUGGUGAGUAAAAAAAUGUAUACACACAUGUGCAUACACUGUAAAAACUGUAUAUAAAUGCAUCUUUUUAUGUGCAGUUACGAUAUUUUAACUAGUGCACAGAUUCAGCCAUAUCUGUUGAUUUAGGGUAUUCUUUCAUGAGCUAAAUAGUUCAAAGUUCUUAAGUGAAACUGGAAGCCUCAUUUGGUAUCGAAGUAUCUUACCUUUAGUAUAUGCUGAUUGAUUCAGUAACCUUAAACUCUUUAUAUUGUUGCUACAUAAUGAACUGUUAGUUAUUUCUUAUUUUAUAAAUUAUUUCUUAAAAAGUAAACUCAUUUUACCUGAGUUUUUUUUUUUUUUUUCAAUCUGCUGCCCAGUUUUCUUUUUUCAUAAAAAUAUAAAACGUCAAUAAGCAAAUGUUCAGCACUGCUGUAACCCACAGUUAUUUUUGGAACUGGAUACUGGAUAUGCUACAGUUUAUUGUCAAUACUUUUCUUAUACUCACACUGCAAUAUGAGUACUCAUAUUGAAGUGGUAUAAUAUUUUUAUUAUUAUUAUUAUUAUUAUUUAAUUAAUAUCUGUUAAGAACUACUGUGUUUUGAAAAUGUGCAGUUAGGUGAUUAGUUUGUUAAUAUAAUUUCUGUUUCUUUUAUGAAAACCUACACAACUAUGGCUACUGACCUUGGAGUGCCUGAAUAGAGAUAGCUGGUCCAAGAGGGCUUUGACUAUUCCAUUGUGUUAACUUGCAGGUAUAAAUGACAGUAGAUUGAUAAGAAUUAUCUGCCAAGACAUAAAUAAUAACAGUAACUGCAUUUGGACUGUCUUUGUGGAUAUAAGUUAGAGCAUUUCUAGAGCCCCAAAGGAGCCAUCUGGGGAAGCUGAAGGCUCACACGUAGUUCAGAUGCUGAAAUGUGAGCUGCAUAUUUUGUAAAAUCUUAUGCUGCUGGGUUUCAUUUUAAGCAAUAGACUUUACUUUAUAUGCAGCAAUGCAAAACCAUGUUAUUCAGCAUCUUCCAGUCAGAAUUCACUGUAGAAAAGGAAUGUACACUACUCAGGGAGUUGCAAAGAAUGCACUUACAAAGGGACCAAAAUCACCCUAAAUUUUCUAUGUUAAAAAUAACACCUACUUGUGUAAAUGAAUUUCAAAUUAUAGAAGUUAAAACAAUGUGUAAAACUUCUCAUAUUGUGUUCCAUUAUCUUUGUAGGAAUUAUGUUCUGUGUUGAAAUGUCAGUUUUUGGAGCUAUAUGGCAAGUCAACAGAUUUUUAGGGUUGUUUAUUGUUAGAAAUGAUUUAUUAAUGGAGUAUUUUCAUAUGUUUUAGAACAAAGAGGGAAUGUUUGACAUCAUAGCUGUAGUGAUAAGUUAUUUACACCAGAAGGGACUGGACCAAAUAUUGAUACUCAGCCUUCAAAUGCAGACUAGUUUGCAGCUAAAUUUGUCUUUUUUAAUAAGAAUUCAGUUUACUGGAUUAGAAAUCUAAUUUACUUUCUUGAUAGCCUAAGUUAAAGAAAAUGUGGCUUACACUAAAACCUCAGUUUCACUGUGAGAUGUGUACAUCACCCUACAUGGGGAGGGAUAAACUGACUCUGGUAGGUGCUGGCUGUGUGCUGACUGUACAUAGUUCAUGGAAUAUUGG